GCGCGGCAGCGGGAGCGGGGCCGCAGCGGCCCCGGUACCGGCCCCCGGCCCCGGCCGCCCGCCCGCUCCCCAUGGGCUGCGGGGCCGCGAGCCAUGGAGCGGUGCGCGUCCCGCCGGGCCCCAGAGGAGGAGCGGCGGGUGCGAGCCAACGCGCGGGACUACAACGAGAAGUUCCAGUACGCAAGCAACUGCAUCAAGACCUCCAAGUACAACAUCAUCACCUUCCUGCCUGUCAACCUCUUCGAGCAGUUCCAGGAAGUGGCCAACACCUAUUUCCUCUUCCUCCUCAUCCUGCAGCUGAUCCCACAGAUCUCUUCACUCUCCUGGUUCACCACCAUCGUGCCUUUGGUUCUUGUCUUAACCAUCACAGCUGUCAAAGAUGCCACGGACGACUAUUUCCGCCAUAAAAGUGACAACCAGGUGAACAACCGGCAGUCUCAGGUGCUCAUCAGUGGAGUCCUCCGACAGGAGCAGUGGAUGAACGUCCGUGUUGGAGACAUCAUCAAGCUGGAGAACAACCAGUUCGUGGCGGCUGACCUCCUCCUGCUCUCCAGCAGUGAACCCCAUGGGUUGUGCUACAUAGAGACUGCAGAGCUGGACGGAGAGACCAACAUGAAGGUGCGACAGGCCAUCCCUGUCACCUCAGAGCUGGGUGACACCAGCAAGCUGGCUCGGUUUGAUGGUGAGGUGAUCUGUGAACCCCCCAACAACAAGCUGGACAAGUUUGGAGGGACGCUCUACUGGAAGGAAAGCAAGUACCCCCUGAGCAACCAGAACAUGCUGCUGCGGGGCUGCGUCCUGCGCAACACCGAGUGGUGCUUUGGCCUCGUUGUCUUUGCAGGGCCUGACACCAAGCUCAUGCAGAACAGCGGCCGGACCAAGUUCAAGCGGACGAGCAUCGAUCGGCUGAUGAACACGCUGGUGCUCUGGAUCUUCGGGUUCCUGGUGUGCAUGGGGGUGAUUCUGGCCAUUGGCAAUGCCAUCUGGGAGCAUGAGGUGGGCGUCUGCUUCCAGAUCUACCUGCCCUGGGACGAGGGGGUGCACAGUGCCUUCUUCUCGGGCUUCCUCUCCUUCUGGUCCUACAUCAUCAUCCUCAACACUGUGGUGCCCAUCUCACUCUACGUAAGCUCCCAGGCUCCUGCACUGUCCCCUUCUCUCUCUCUUUUAAUUUCUCUCUCUUUUCGUUCCCCAGCAUGGGUUCUGUCACCCUUAGCCCCGAGUGUGGAGGUGAUCCGCCUUGGGCACAGCUACUUCAUCAACUGGGACAAGAAGAUGUACUGUGCCAAGCGCCGGACACCAGCCGAGGCCCGGACCACCACCCUCAAUGAGGAGCUGGGGCAGGUGGAGUACAUCUUCUCUGACAAGACUGGCACCCUCACCCAGAACAUCAUGGUCUUCAGCAAGUGCUCUGUGAAUGGGCACAGCUACGGUGAUGUUCAGGACGUGCUGGGCCACAAGGCAGAGCUGGGAGAGCGGCCAGAGCCGGUUGACUUCUCCUUCAACCCACUGGCGGACCCCCGGUUCCAGUUCUGGGACCCCAGCCUGCUGGAAGCCAUCAAGCUGGGAGACCCCCACGUGCAUGAGUUCUUCCGUCUGCUCUCGCUCUGCCACACCGUCAUGUCCGAGGAGAAGAACGAAGGGGAGCUCUAUUACAAAGCUCAGUCCCCAGACGAGGGAGCGCUGGUCACAGCCGCCAGGAACUUCGGCUUCGUGUUCCGGUCCCGUACCCCCAAGACAAUCACAGUGCACGAGCUGGGCCGAGCCAUCACGUACCAGCUGCUGGCCAUCCUGGACUUCAACAACAUCCGCAAGCGCAUGUCUGUCAUCGUGCGCAGCCCCGAGGGCAAGAUCCGGCUGUACUGCAAAGGUGCUGACACCAUCCUGCUGGAGCGCCUCCACCCCAUCAACCAGGACCUGACCAAUGUCACCACCGACCACCUCAAUGAAUAUGCUGGUGAGGGGCUGCGGACGCUGGUGCUGGCCUACAAAGACCUGGAGGAGAGCUACUACGAGGAGUGGUCUGAGCGGCUGCACCAAGCCAGCAGUGCCCACGAGGCCCGGGAGGAUCGCCUGGCUCAGCUCUACGAUGAGGUGGAGCACGAUAUGAUGCUGCUUGGAGCCACAGCCAUCGAGGACAAACUGCAGCAGGGGGUCCCUGAAACCAUCGCCAUCCUGACGCUGGCUAACAUCAAGAUCUGGGUGCUGACGGGGGACAAACAGGAAACAGCCGUGAACAUCGGCUACUCCUGCAAGAUGCUGACGGACGACAUGACCGAGGUGUUCGUGGUCACAGGCCACACUGUGCUGGAGGUGCGAGAGGAGCUCAGGAAAGCCCGGGAGAAGAUGAUGGAUGCAUCACACUCCACAAGCAAUGGCUUCUCCUACCAGGAGAAACUCUCCUCUUCCAAGCUCACCUCUGUGCUGGAAGCCAUCGCGGGUGAAUAUGCCCUAGUCAUCAAUGGGCACAGCCUGGCCCAUGCACUGGAGGCUGACAUGGAGGUGGAGUUCCUGGAGACAGCGUGUGCCUGCAAGGCCGUCAUCUGCUGCCGUGUCACACCCCUGCAGAAGGCCCAGGUGGUGGAGCUGGUGAAGAAGUACAAGAAAGCUGUGACCCUGGCCAUCGGGGACGGCGCCAACGAUGUCAGCAUGAUCAAGACCGCCCACAUCGGGGUGGGCAUCAGCGGGCAGGAGGGCAUCCAGGCAGUGCUGGCCUCCGACUACUCCUUCUCCCAGUUCAAGUUCCUGCAGCGCCUGCUGCUGGUGCAUGGACGCUGGUCCUACCUACGCAUGUGCAAGUUCCUCUGCUACUUCUUCUACAAGAACUUUGCCUUCACCAUGGUCCACUUCUGGUUUGGCUUCUUCUGCGGCUUCUCGGCACAGACUGUGUAUGACCAGUACUUCAUCACUCUCUACAACAUCGUCUACACGUCGCUGCCUGUGCUCGCCAUGGGGGUAUUCGACCAGGACGUGCCAGAGCAGCGGAGCAUGGAGUACCCCAAGCUCUAUGAGCCUGGACAGCUGAACCUGCUCUUCAACAAACGGGAGUUCUUCAUCUGCAUCGCCCAGGGCAUCUACACCUCUGUCCUCAUGUUCUUCAUCCCCUAUGGUGUCUUUGCGGACGCCACCCGUGAUGAUGGAGCUCAGCUGGCUGACUACCAGUCCUUUGCUGUCACUGUCGCCACCUCCCUUGUGAUUGUUGUCAGUGUGCAGAUUGGGCUGGACACGGGCUUCUGGACAGCCAUCAACCACUUCUUCAUCUGGGGCAGCCUUGCCGCCUACUUCGCCAUCCUGUUUGCCAUGCACAGCAAUGGACUCUUCCAGAUGUUCCCCAACCAGUUCCGCUUUGUGGGUAAUGCACAGAACACGCUGGCCCAGCCCACAGUCUGGUUGACCAUCGCCCUCACCACUGUGGUCUGCAUCAUGCCUGUUGUGGCCUUUCGCUUCCUCAAGCUGGACCUGAAGCCUGAACUCUCAGACACGGUGCGCUACACUCAGCUCGUGCGGAAGAAGCAGAAGACCCAGCACCGGUGCAUGCGGCGUGCAGGGCGUGUGGGCUCCCGCCGUUCUGGCUACGCCUUCUCCCACCAGGAGGGCUUCGGGGAGCUCAUCAUGUCCGGUAAGAACAUGCGGCUCAGCUCCCUGGCGCUCUCCAGCUUCACGGCCCGGCCCAGCACUGGCUGGAUUGAGACCCUGCGCAAGAAGAAGGGCAGCGACAGCAGCACCGCUGGCAGCCCCAGCAGUGCCGCCAGCAAGACUCUCAAGGUGUGAGGCUGGGGAAGGGGGGGGCAUGUCCCCUCCCAUGCAGUCAGGGAUCCUCCUUCUCUCACAGUGGCCUGGGGGGUCCCAAGCAGGAGGACAGAGGCCACGUGUGCCCCUGAGGUGUUGGUGGAGUUUGGACUGUCAUGACGUAACCAAAAAGUCUUUUUACCCCAUCCCUGGGAGGGAUGGACGCACGGACACUGCCCCCAGCAGCCCUCCCUGGGCUGCUUCUCUGUCAGUAUUCACCUCCACAAAGUGCAAGUACCCCAAUCACACGUGAAUGUAUCAUGCCAGAGACGCUGCUGUGGGCAGGCGUGGAGAGUUGGGGGUGCUGUGACAGCAGCCUCCCUCUUCCCUCCCCCUCCUCCCCCGUGUCUUCUUUUUAUAUCAAAAUAGAGAAAAAAAACCACCAAAAGAAACCCACAAAAAACACACAAAACAGACAAGGAAGGACAGACGCCCUACAACUGCUUCGGCCUGUGUUGCACACGGUGAUGGAGAGAGCGGGGAGGCCGUGGCCCUGGGGCGCUCCGGAGCCGGGGGAUGGGCUGGGAAAGGGGAAGCGUUCCCCGGGUCCUUCCCUGUCUCUGCGGGAGCAGCAGCCGUGAUUCACUCCCACACCCAACACUGGGCUCUUGCACAACUUUCAGCCUCCGCUUCCUCCCUGCUCUUCCUCCCCGCGCCAGCUCCUGGGGUCCCCACCGGGGGAUCGCUGGGGGGGGGGGCGGUCGGGGGUCUCUGUGAUACCAAAGAGGAAUCCGGUUCAAAACGGGCUCUGGCUUGGGCUGGAGUCGAUUUUUCGGGAAGUUCGGGAGUUUCUUUGUGUCGGGGUGGGGGACGCGAGGAUCGGGGCGUCUAAUUUAUUACACGUUUCUAUAGUGCGGGAUUGUCAAAAUCACGGGACCGCAGCAGGAAAAAAUGAACCAAAACCCAGCGUUUUCUAUAUAAAAACAACCACAAAGUUG